AUGUUCCAAGCAACAUCGCCUGCCGCCAACGACAUGGGCGAUCAAUCGAUGCGACGUAGAGCAGCCUACACUGGCAGCCACUACACCACCAUCAUCAAAGGCCGCUCAGCUUGUCCGAGUCAUUGGCCUGACGAAUCUGAUAAGACGGGGGCACUCUCUUCGACCUCGCUAGGCACAACGCUGACUGCACUGGGCGCUUCCGGCUUGACCGAGACGCGUAUCGGUUCAGUAUUGCAAAGUGCCGCACUCAUCGAUGAUGUGAUAGCUCUGAUAUUACUCCAACUUGUCCUCGCCUUGCCUCCAUCUGUGUCUGGCUAUGGACACGAGCAUGACAACAAUCUGACUGAGAUCAUCUUGCGACCUCCCGGCGUCUCUGUCGGCAUGCUCUUGUGCAGCUACACGAUCACGAGAUGGCCACUGGCCUGGCUAGCGCGACGAGCGGAAGCCAAAGCCAGACUUCAAUCAGAUCACUCGAUCAGACGCACAAAGCUGGUUCUGAUGCUUGCUAGGCGCGCCUUCUUUGCCGGCCUCGCCUUGAGCUACCUCGACAUACGACCUCACAUGAGGACGACGAGAUCCUUUGCAGCAACAUCUGAAGAGCUUGUCUCGCAAGUGCAAUCGUAUCUCUGGCUGCCGCUCUUCUUUGCCAGCAUCGGCUUUGCGAUCCCGGUCAGGGAGAUAUUCAGUGGCGAAAUCGUCUUGAACGGCGUGCUAUACGCUUCAGUAUGCUGCAUUGAUAAAGCUAUCGUGGGCAUCUGGGUCGUCAUCUCACAUGCAAGAAGAGCACUUUCGGUGCGGCAUCUUCGAGAGCGCGACGAUGCAAAGCGGCGACAGAUCAGAGACACAUCUUAUUCCCAUGGCUCGCCAGCACAAGCCGUCAGAGAAGCUCCCACUGUCGACGAGGCAAAAGCGAACGGUGCAACAGGCGAAGCAUCAGCGUCCAACAACACCGAUCAAGCAUCGCCGGGGGUUACGCCGUCGAGUUCCAAAGAGAUGAGCUUCUGGCUUCCGACGGCAUUGCUGGCCAGUGCAAUGAUUGCGCGAGGCGAAAGUGGGGCUACUCAUCGCCCAAGUAGCGCUUCAAGCGGGUGCUAUCGAGUACUCACUUUUUCUCAUAAUCAGCUGAUCCAUACUGCUCAACACACUACUGCGGUCUAUCCUCGUGGUCAUACGAAGCAGACCGUGAUUAAUGUCGCCCUUCCGAGUCUUUCUGCGUCUCUGUUGAGCCAUCGAGUGAUCACGCUGGCGCAAGGUCCUCGCCGGUGA